CAGAGAGUCCAGUGAAACCUGCCUGCUGUCUGUGCUCCACUAAGAAACUAAAAUGCAUUCCAUCAGACCUCCACCACCAUAUCCUGAACACUUUACUGUUGCUCUUUUUGGAAAGAGAGUUUUGUUAAAGAACAUCAUUGGAAAUAUGAUCCUCUGUGAUGGAAACUAUUUUGUCAAAGAGUCAAACAGCUUUGUCGUGGAAAAGAACAACUCAUUCAAAAUCAUCAAUACUCCUAAUUUCUUUGAUGAAGAAUGUCUGCAUCCAGACCAGCAGAUUAUUGACUUCAUGGCAUUAUCUUACCCUGGACCUGAUCUGUUCAUACUGGCAAUAGAUUCAGACAACACCCAAGAAGAAACAGUGGUGGCUCAAAUCAGUAAACUUCAGCAUAUCUUUGGAGAAAACAUCACAGCACAUUUGGUUGUCACGUUACCAAACAUUGAAAGCUUUCAUUCACUUGGUCAUCUGAAAGACCAGUUCAAGACCCGGUUGGCAACCGCCAAUGAAAAUCUGUCCAGUGAUUGUAAGAAGUGGUGUUUGGGUCAUCGUUCAUUCCUGUAUGACUACAAAAACUACAGUAAAGAUGUUGUGAUAAGAAGAAGGACAGUCUUGGAGAAGAGAAGGGUCACGGGGGGGGUGAAGCCUAUCCCAACUGACUACGGGUCCAUUGACUAUCCUCUGUAUCACCAUGGGGGAUCAGAUGCUGACACCACAAGUCCACUACAUACCUUUUCUGCACCUGCUGGAGCUGGACUUCAGCAAGACGCAAGACAUCACAUUGGUAGCAGUGCCAAUGGAGUGCCAGAAAACACAUUUAACAUUGUUCUGCUGGGACUAACAGGGACCGGAAAGAGUGCAUCUGCAAACACCAUUCUGAUUGCUGGGAACCCUGAGCUGGAUCCCAGGCAGCUUUUUAAAUCUCAGCCAAGCUCCUUGCCGAUCACCACUCAGUGUGAGGUCAAAAUGACGGAGAAACCUUUCGGGGUGCCAGUAAGAGUGGUCGACACUCCCGAUUUCUUUCAUGAUGAACUCAAUAACUCAGAGCAACAGAUAAAUGAGUGCAAGAAGUACCUUCAGCAAGGUCAGUGUGUGGUGUUGCUCGUGUUACAGUUGGGCAGGUUCACGGAUUAUGAGCAAGGAAUAUUAGAAAGGCUGGAGGACAAGUUUGGCUGGACGAUCAGAGACAGCACAAUCGUUCUGCUGACACAUGGAGAGGACCUGAAAGGAGACCUGGAACAGUUUAUUAAAGCAUCUGCUCCCCUCAGGAACCUUGUUGAACUGUGUCACCAUCGUCAUCAUCUAUUUAACAACUCCUCCAGGGACUCUAAGCAAGUCAUAAAUCUCAUCAAGAAAAUUCCAGAUUGUAAAAAUAUUUUCCCAAAGUUUAUGAAAAGAAGUGGCACACAGUGCUGUGUGUGUUAGCUCUGUUACAGCUGAUUGGCGGAUUUAAGUAUUCCACAAAUACAGCAUUGCACUCCUGUAACGUUAUCAUUCUGACAAUUCAUAGUUUAGAAAAAAAACUUAAAUUAAUGCAGCGGAACAGUAAAUAUUGCCUUUUUAGUUUGACACAUUUGUCUUCUUUGUCAAAACCUGGUGUCCACUCUCAUCCCAUCUUUGUAAACUCCACCUGCCAUCAACCUACUGUCGAAAUAUUUUUACAGAGCGCUCAUGGAGCUAAAGAUUUAUCAGGCAGCCUACUCCAAACAAUUUCACUGUAUGAACCAAGGCUAUGCAUGUCAUUUUUGAAUGUGUAACCGUACACACAAAAAUAACUAACCUUAGAUCCUGACUGACCUUGUCAGCAUGUCAGGAGAUUUUAACAAAUCAAAAAGGUUAAGAUGGCGUGCCUUGUGCAUAAAUGCGCACAGCAUCUCCCCUCAAUGAGGAGACAAAUCCUGAAGUUUCACCUAGCUGCAACUCAUUCACAAUUAAUUGAUGGAUUGACCACACUGCUUGUUCUUAUAACUGUGAUCUGCAUAUUGCUGGUGUUCACAUUACCCCAGUUCUGUCUCAGAUGCAUUAUGUUACUAGCGCUUAAUAAAACCUGCAGUAGAUAUAUGGAAUGGGACCGAGAGGUAAACUUCUUUCUAACUCCACACCCUCGAAAUCCUUUUUACUUCAGCCCCCACUGAAAAAUUAUUAGUCUUCACACUGUUUCCUCUACAGCCACAAAAGACAUUGUACAACAUUUUCACAUAUGCUGCAUUAGCCAAGACCUGUCAUAAUAUGAUGUGUAAAAUUGGAUGUAAAAUUAUUUUGUGGCAAGUUCACGUAAUCCUCUAAUUUCUUUAACUUCUGUUUUACUGUAUCAUUGUGCUAAUCUUUUAUUGUUUUUCUUCAUGAAAAUGUCAGUUUCAUCCCUAUGUACGCUACAGAGACAGGCCUAGAAUAUUUAUAUUUCUACACCUGUCAGUUAACAAGAAACUGUAUGUAAAUCAGCCAACUUUGAAAAUGUUGGAAUGUGUUAAGAGCUGAGGUUUUUUUUGUUGUUGUUUGGUAAACACCUUUUCGAUUCUUAUCACAUAACCUGUGUUUUACCAGCAGACGACUGUAUAUAUAUAUAUAUAUUUUUAUUAUUAUUAUUAUUUUUUCUCUCAAGGAUUUCUGUUUUAUCAGUGCAUUUAUUUCUCUUAUGAUGCUCCAAGGCUACCAGUUCACCCUGCUUCCUCUCUCUUUGUGAUAAGAUAAGCUAAACAUGUCUCGAACCCACUGAUAUCCAUCUUCUCAUCUUACUCUGGAGAAAACACAACUUCCCAAAUGUUAGACUGUUUCAGCUGAUGACUGUAUUAAAAGGACUCAUCAUUUGUUAAAUAUUUAAAUUGUUAAUAAUUUUUGUUUACAAUAACGUGUUUUGCUUUACCAUAACCACUAACUGGAUGUGCUGAUGAUUACUGGGCACUGCUAAUGUUUUAACAAUUAUAUCUGUGUUUCUGAUGUUUUGGAUUAAUUUUACUGCUGCAGAUUUUUCAGGAUGAACUCAUUCAAUUUACAACAACGCAUCAUAUUUUCAUAUAUUUGUAGUGCAGCUAUCCUAUGAGAACCAUGUAUCCCUAAAAAAGUUGCUUGAGCUCAGUAAAGCAGACCUGUUUUCAGCUCAGCGAUGAUGCAUUUUCCAGCUAAUCCAAGAAGAUUUUUAAAGAGUUUAUUCGGCUUCAGAAGGAGAAGAAUUUUUUCAGCACAUCAAGAGACACUGCAUUCUUCUGUUUAUCAGAAAAAUCCAAAUUCAAAAUCAAUACAUUUGGCAAUACAUGGUUUUCACUGAAAACAAAAAGUAAUCUGGAAAGUGGUAACUAAAGCUGUCAAACAAAUGUAGUGUGUAAAAUGUAAAAGAGUAAAAAGAAUGAUAUCUGCCUCUGAGAUUUAGUAAGAACAGAAAUUCUCAAGUACAGUAGAACUAUCUCAUAUUUGUACUGAAGCACAGCACUUGAGGAAAUAAAAAACAGAAAAACAAAUUUUCCUCUAUUUUCUUUUUCUUUUCUUUUUCCAUUACAAUAUCAUGUUUUGUCAUUUUUGCCUGAUUUGUUUUAUAGUGUUACACACAUUUCAGAAAGGCAUUGUGUCUCACAUUAUCAAACAACUACCCUCAUCCAGCAGAAAUACAGUGCAUCCAGAAAGUAUUCACAUUCCACAUUUUGUUUCGUUGCAGUCUCAUUCAAAAAUGGAUUAAACUAAAUUUCUCCCUCAAAAUUCUACACAAA